AUGGAUGUGUUCAAAGAGGAACUGAAUGAUGAACUCCUGUCAGAAAUUUGCCGUAUCAAAUCAAAUGGUUCUCCAUUAUCCAAGUUGGGUGCUUUAGAAAAAGGUGGAUACCAAGUGUUCGAUGAUUCCGAGUCAAGAAAGGUAACCGAAGAAAUUGCAGAACGUCUGGGCAAAUCUACAGGCUUAGCUGUUGUGGAUUGCUCAGCGACCAUGGAUACAAUUKAAAUAUUGAUCAAGGCAGUUGACUUGGGUUGCUGUGUUGUCCUGGCAAAUAAGAAGCCUCUUACUUCAACAAUGGAACAUUAUGAUAAAUUGGUUUUGCAUCUGCGACGCGUCCGCCAUGAAUCCACUGUUGGUGCUGGGCUUCCUGUCAUCGCAUCCAUGAACCGCAUAAUUUCAUCUGGAGACCCUGUUCAUAAGAUUGUCGGUAGUUUGAGCGGUACCUUGGGAUAUGUAAUGAGUGAGCUUGAAGAUGGCAAGCCUCUAAGCCAAGUUGUUCGAGCUGCCAAAACGUUGGGGUACACUGAACCAGAUCCACGCGACGACCUCAGUGGUAUGGAUGUUGCUAGAAAGGCUUUGAUUCUUGCUCGACUUCUUGGGAAGAGGGUAGUUAUGGAUAGCAUAAAGAUAGAGAGCUUGUACCCCGACGAAAUGGGACCUGGAGUCAUGUCUGUGGAUGAUUUCCUCAGUAAUGAAAUAGUAAAACUUGAUCAGAACAUCGAGGAGAGAGUUAAAAGAGCUUCGUCAAACGGGUGUGUGCUUCGUUAUGUUUGUGUGAUCGAGUGCUCAAGCGUUCAAGUUGGCAUUCGAGAAGUUUCAAAAGAUUCGCCAUUGGGACGACUAAGAGGCAGUGACAAUAUAGUAGAGAUAUAUAGCCGUUGCUACAAGGAGCAGCCUUUGGUGAUUCAAGGCGCCGGAGCCGGCAACGACACGACUGCAGCCGGUGUUCUUGCAGACAUCCUCGACUUGCAGGAUCUUUUUCCUUGA